UUGUUUGUGGACACGAUUCUUAUUCUGGAAUGUCAACGCUAUUCAAUUCGACGAAUAUACCCUAGAGUUGAUCAGAAGAAAAGAAUAUACCGCAUCUUGCAUUAGAAUUCAAAUAAAAGUUUUCAUCAUUAGAAAAUGGAAUACGGUGGAUACAGUGGCUCAUCAAAAGAGACUGUUCGUGCUGCUUGCAAAAAGUGUGGUUAUGCUGGACACCUAACGUUUCAAUGCCGCAACUUUAUCAAGAUUGACCCGAAUAAAGAAAUUCAACUUGAUGUCAGCAGUACAAGUAGCGACUCCGAAACGGACUAUUUAACACCACUCACCGGUUUACGAAAGGAAGAGCUUUUACAAAAAGAACGCGAACUACAAUCACGGUCAAAACGAUCCAAAGACAAGAAAAACGAAGAAAAAAGAUUAAAACGAAAGCGAAAGAAAAGUUCCUCAAGUUCAUCGGACAGUGAAAGUUCGUCAUCAUCUUCAUCGUCCUCGACGUCAAGCAGUACCAGUAGUAGCAGUAGUAGCUCAACAACAUCAACAAGUACCUCAUCCAGUGAUUCGGAUAAUUCGAAGCAUAAAAAAUCCAAACGAAUUAAAAAUGGUGACAAAGCCAAAGCCAAAAAACGUGCUACCAAAAAACGGUCUCACAAAAGAUCGUCAUCAUCAAGUUCGGAUUAAUAUUUAGAUAACCGUUACUUACCUUUUACUUUUUAAAUUUUCCAUAGCAUACAAACAUACACUUUGAUUUAAUACGUUCAGUUUUGAUAUUUGGAUUUUAUUUUUUUAAAAUAAUGUUAACAUUUAGUAUAUCGCUCAUAAUACUAUUUUGAAUUGAUAGUUCGAUCGGAAUUAGGUCCCUCAUAACAUCUUUUUUAACUUCAAACUGAAAUUUAAAUAAUGUUCUCUUGGUUAUUCGAUGUGGGAUGUAAUCUAUACAAAUUUUUGGCUACACCAAGAAACACCUUUGACCGAAAACCUAGCUGUAAACUCUACAAUCUUUUAAACCUUAAAAACGUAUUAUUCGUUCAGCGACUCUACUGGACACUGCUUAUAGUUGAUGUUACUUCUUGCCCACGUAGCGUCAUGUCCGAAAGAUUACAUCUUCAUAGAUUUAUUCCACCAUUAAAAAAUAUACAACAAUAAUUUGCACAUAAAAUUUAUUCUUAACGUUAAAAUUAAAACCCCUUCAACUGUUGAGAAUGAAUUUUAAUUUUUUAUAAUUGAUUGUGUAUUCGUAAAUAAAUUACAAAUUUUAUUUAA